CUCGAACUCUGGAUCAUGUAUUGAACAACAUUUUUUAUCCUGCUAAAGUUUAACCAUUCUCAGCUACAAAUUUAUCCUUUCACCGGCCUAUGUCAGAAAUUCACGCAAAUGCAAUAUACUGGGAAAACAUCGUGCUGGGUCUAAAUGCAGAUAAUAUGCGGUGGACAUUGAUUGAUGAUUCCACCUAUGCAUCUCAAUUAUUUUCUUUGGCAGAGGGGCCAGUAUUAUCGGCCAGUAUAACGAUAGCCUUGCGUGGAUUGUUCUGGAACGUAGGCAUCUAAAACACAAGCACAAAUAUCGUGCUAAUCAUUUAGCUCAAUGUCACCCGAAGGGCGCGCUUGAAUUUCGUCACGUGGGGAAGAUAACAACUAUUUAACUGCCAAAAAUGCAUCGUACUUGAGUCAAGCAGUCUGAACUAUUAAAGAUUGGUAGACAAUUCACUCUACAGUCGCUUUCAUCUGUUCUUUUGGAUAUUCUUGCUUUAGCCCACCAUGAGGAAUCCUUGGAUCGAGACCCCUCUGAUCGAAUCCGCCGCUUUAUCGAAGACAGCCGGAUGGUAUGAAUUCUGGCCUGUUUCCCCAAAGCCAUCUAAAGCUAAUUGCACCCCUGUAGUAAAGUAUUCUUGAAACUAGACCUACUGCAACCAUCGGGGUCUUUCAAAUCGAGGUAACUGUGCCCGAAAGAUAGAGCUUCACGAAGGACAUGGCUAACACUUCCACAGAGGAGUCGGCUUUCUGAUCCUCCACAGCCGUCUGGACCCAGAAAACGAUGGCAAGCAACUCCACUUCUACAUCGCUUCAGGAGGCAACGCAGGCCUCGCAGCCGUCCUCGCAGCUCGAGACAUAGGAUGUCCAUGCACGGUGGUCGUACCGCAUAGCACGAGUUCGGCCAUGAUCACCAAACUACGUGCGAUCGGCGCUACGGACGUAAUCCAGCAGGGAAAUAACUGGUUCGAGGCCGACAGCUACCUACGACAGAACUUCAUCGACAACCAAGAUCAACAGUCCGACGCGGCGAAACAGAAGAACAUCCACCUGCCGCCUUUCGAUCACCCCAAGGUCUGGGAGGGUGCGGCGACCAUGGUGGAGGAAAUUGCACGCCAGUUGCCCCCGCUAGAAGAGUCUACGAGCGAUGCUUUCCCCGCAGAUGCGAUUGUGUGUAGUGUGGGCGGCGGAGGCUUGUUUAACGGCAUCGUUGGAGGGCUGGAAACGUGUCUGCAGUCUCGGAAGACGGGCGCGGGCAAAGAUGUCUACGUCGUGGCCACCGAGACCGAGGGGGCUCAUUCCCUGGCGCAUUCGAUCCAACACGGAAGUCUGCAGUCACUCCCGGCGAUUACUUCGCAAGCCACUUCGUUAGGGGCGGUGCGCGUAGCUCCUCGGACCUGGCAGUAUGCGCAGGCACCGCCGGCCGGCGUGAAGGUUGUCAGCGCCGUCGGGUCGGACGCCGAUGCUGCGCAAGGCGUGGUGCGUUUGGCGGAUGAGCACCGAUUGCAGGUGGAGCUGGCGUGCGGGAUCAGCGUCCAAAUUGCCACCACGAAGACAUUGCGAGAGCUGGUGCCGGAUUUGAAGCCACAGAGUCGCGUGGUGGUGGUUGUAUGCGGGGGCAGCAACGUGACGGCGGAGACAAUUGCGGAGUAUCGGCAGAAGCUGAACGAGGGAUGGGCAUAACUACUAUGCAGUAUUAUAUAAUU